AUGUGCCCAGAAUUUGAGCGCCAUGAGCGCGAAUAUCAGCAGAAUGUCGAAAAGUUUGAAAAGGUACGAAAUAAAUCGAUUGACCAUUCGCGAGCAGUCAAGGCGUACGCAAGACCGGCCGCAGGAGUUGAACAACCUUUGCCCUCCGACGUUCGGCCUCCUGAUGUGCUACUAUCAACGCUAGACUACCUUAUGAGGGAAAUUGUUGCCCGAGGCGACCUUGCCGACUCGCAUGCAUUUGUUCGCGACAGAACGCGCUCAAUUCGACAAGAUUUUACACUGCAAAACAACCGUGGCAUUGAAGCGGUGCAAGCUCAUGAGAUCAUUGCUCGCUAUCAUAUCAUGUGCAUGCACCAGCUUUGUGAAAACAAGAACUUCAGCGAACAACAGGAGAUGGAACAGCUGCGGAAAGUCCUGACAAGCUUGACAGAGUUUUACGACGACAUGUGCACGGAAGGCAUUGUUUGUCCUAAUGAAGCCGAAUUUCGAGCGUAUCACAUUUUAAGCCAUUUGAGGGACCCGGAUAUGAUUCGACAGGCGCAAUUGCUCCCACUGCACGUUUUCAGGGAUUCCUACAUACAAACAGCCGCAGAAGUUCAUGCCCUGACGCGACGCAACAACGAUGUUAGACGCCGUGCAAAAAUACAGUCCGAAGCAUCGCAGAACUUUUUCUCCCUGUUUUUCAAUAUGGUCCAGGGGCCCAGGAUAUCGUACCUGAUGGCCUGUUUGCUGGAGACCAACUUUGUCGAGAUUCGCAAGGGCGCACUGAAGGCUCUCAACAAAUGCUACCUGGAACAGCACGAUGGAUUUUCUGUGGAGUACCUUGUCAAUAUCUUAGGAUUCGACGACAUGGAAGAAUGUAUAGCUAACUGUGAGGAGUACGGCCUAGCAAUUACGAGAUACGGUCAGCCUGCAGUCGUCUUUGGCAGGAAAGACCCAACUACCCGUCGUCGCAUUUUC